CCACCAAUUAAGUAUUUAUUUAUUUUAAAUUGGUAUGUGCACUCUGUUGCGGUAUGCAUCUUGAAUGACCUAGUGUAGACGGUGCACAGUGCUGCAGUAUAUGAGCGACACGGAGGACACAUCACAGGACGACCGGAUCUUGCGAUCAGCUUGGCGCCCGAUAGCCCACGUGUCCCUAGGACCGAAGGGUGAUAGGAUUCUGUUCCGCAAGCUUAGGGAGAGGCAGCAGCAGCAGAGGAGAGCUAGAGCAGCCGAGGCCAGCAGGGCUUUAGCUAGCGAGGCCGGUGCUUCAGCAGCCAUGGCCACUUCCCUGAUGGUCACUUCUGCGCAGCAGACUUCCCAAGCCAGCAGUUCAGGUACCGUCGGGUCAAUGGUCGUGCAGACCGUGAGUCAGUCCACUGGCGUUAUGGCAAGCCAGGCAGUAGUGUUGACUCCAGAGGAUGUCGCCAUCCAGCAGGCAGCCCUCCAGGAGGCACAGCUACAACGGGCAUUAGGAGAGAUAAAAGCAGAGAAGGAAAAAAUGAUUAGAAGAAGAGCCAGGAUGCAGCGGAGAGGGGCAGACAUAGAGGAGUUAGAAACGAUGGACCUGACGAACAUGGAUGCCGAUGUGAGGGUAGUUAGGAAGGCCCUGCUAGGAGUAAUAGAGAUGCAGGAGAAUCAGACUAUCAUCCUCCAGGAUAUCCAGCAGAGCCUAGCCAUUCUGGCGUUCUCAGGCGGCACCAUCACCAUCCGGGCCUGGUGCCUGGCCCAUGGCAUAUCCUCCUUUUUUUGUCCCAUCGGUGACAGGGGAGGGGUAUCAGCAGGGACUAGUUUGCAGGUUCCUGUUCAGACAGUGUUCACCCAAACUCCAUCACAGGUUGCAGUCACCACACAGCCUGCUGUCUCACAGCUUGUGCAGCCGCAGGGCACACAGCCCCAACAACUAGCACAGCAGCCUGUAUCAUCGGGUCCACAGCCCGGAGUGGUGCAGGGACCGGGACAAACACAAUGGGUUCCAAAGGCGGCCAUCGCCGCUCCUAAACCUUUCGCAGGGGAUAAGAGGGGUGAAGACCUCGACACGUGGUUGAGGGCAGUGCCGGUCUACGUCAGGUGUAAACGUACCUUGCCGCACGAAGUGCUUGUGGCUGCUUCCUACCUAGAGGGUAGUGCAACAAGAUGGUUGAGUGGUUUAGUGCAGCUUCAGGGGUAUGGUCAUGACUUCCGCUCUUGGGCAGCCACCCAUAAAUUGGGGGACUUCCUAAAGAUGGUGGAGGAAAGGUGGCACAAUCCUCAGGAGGCCCAAAGGGCCACUGAUGCGAUCUUGACACUGCACACACGGCAAUUUAAGUCAGUAAGGGAAGCCACUGAUGCUGUUGAGCGUCUGAUCUGUGUCCCAAGGGUGCGCUACGACCCCCAGGUUCUCCUUACCUCGUACUUGAGAUGCUUUUCUCAGCCUCUCAGGAACCAGUUAACAAGGGAGGCCAACAUCAAUAUGCACAACUCUCCUUCGUUCAGCAAGUUGGCCCUAGACCUAGAGGCUAAGAUAGGGCAUGGACAGACACCCACUACGGAUGGGAGGAAAAAGACACUGCCUCCUAACAGGAAGGCGAAGGGUCGCUUAAUGUUUGUCGAUAAUGAUGGUUCCACUAUCGAAGUCGACGAACAUUUCCAGGAAGGAGUAGGUUCAGAGGCGGGCAGCGUAGAAACUUCAGAGGGUGGAGUGGUCGCUGCCGUAGCUCAAAAAGGAAAGGCGACCGGUAGACGCCGUGGAUGUUCUAGGUCUAGGAGUCAAGUUGACCCCAAUGCUCCUCCAUGGGAGAAAGCGGGUCUUACAGAGGACGUGUGGAGAGAUAGUUACUCACGGCAGGCCUGUAUUCGUUGUGGUCAAUAUGGCCACAACCAAUUCAAGUGUCGUAAUAAGAAGAUCAACGGUGAGAAGUGCGAGUUUGGCCGCACCCGUGUCUUGUACUUGGGUCAUGAGAUCUCCGCGGAAGGGUUGAAGCCCGAUGAUGCGAAGGUGGCCAGCAUUCGUGAUUGGCCACGUCCUCAGUCUGUGACUGAGAUGAGAUCUUUCUUAGGAAUGACAGGCUACUAUAGGACUUUCGUUAAGAUUUAUAGCAUAGUGGCCGCUCCUUUGACUGAUCUGACCCGCCUUGACACCCCAUGGGAGUGGACAGACGAGUGCGAGGUCUUGAAACUUCCUGAUCCUGACAAGCUGUUCAUAGUCACCACGGAUGCCAGCCAAUAUGGCAUUGGCGUUGUGCUCGCGCAGCAGGAGGGGCCAAAGUUGAGACCUGUAGAGUACAUGUCCAAGAAAAUGCCGUCUGAGAAGUUGGCUAAGUCCACCUAUGAGAAGGAACUCUAUGCGGUUUACAAGGCUCUGACCCAUUGGAGACACUAUCUCCUUGGGAGAUUCUUCAUCCUCAUGACUGAUCAUCAGACCCUGAGAUGGAUGAGAACCCAGCCUGUACUUUCUGAUGCCCUCAAGUGUUGGAUAGAAGUCAUUGAGCAGUAUGACUUUGACCCUCAGUAUCUGAAGGGGGAGUACAACAAGGUUGCGGAUGCCUUGUCGCGUACACCUGAUUUCUCAGGUGCGCUGAUUACUGAGUUCAAUCUGACAGACCAUGUUACUCAGUCCUUGGUGGAAGCCUAUCGGGAGGACCAGUUCAUGUCCGAGAUCAUACGCAGACUUCAGGCAAAGGACAAGAAGACCUCUGUCGAGUUUGAGUUGGUCAAUGGUUUGCUGUUCCUUGAGAAGGACGGGGAUAAACGAUUGUGUGUCCCAAGUAGCGAGUCUUUGCGUAGUUUGUUUUUAGAUGAGUGCCAUGAUGCCACCGGCCAUUUUGGGUAUAAGAAGACCGCAGCCAACUUGCUGCAGCGGUUCUGGUGGCCGACGAUGAUGCGAGAUGCCAGCUGUACGUGGAGACUUGUCAACGAGUUGUGGAAGGCCGCUGCUGCAGACCAGGGAACUCAGUUGCAGAUGACUUCUGGGAAUCACCCAGAGGCCAAUGGACAGGCUGAGCAACUCAAUCGCGCUGUGCAACACCUGUUGAGGCACUACACUAAGCCCAACCAAGUGGAUUGGGAUGAGAAGCUUGCUCUCAUCGCCAGCUUGUACAACAAUGCUGUACACAGCACCACUGGGGUGAGCCCGAACAGUUUACUACUGACGUUCAAGCCGAGACUACCCCUUGACUUUCUCCUUCCUGAGAAUCAAUCAACUGCUGCACCAGGUACUUUAGAGUUUGCCUACAAAUAUGAACAGAAAAUGCAGCAGGCGGUAAUGCAGAUGCGACACGCACAUGCAGCAAUGAUAGAGUCUGAAAAUAGACACCGCCGUCCUUCUACAUUUCAGGUUGGGGAUAGGGUUUGGGUUAAGUCUUCAGAACUGGGACAGGAGUACGGGAUCUCCCGCAAAAUCAUGCCCCAGUACUUUGGACCUUGGGAAGUCUUGGACAUCGUCGGGAUAGAACCGGAUGGGCCAUCUUACGUUAUCCGGAUUCUUGGUCAUAUCCGUACUUACCCUGUCUUUCACGCCUCCAAGCUGACACCUUUCAAAGAUAUUGAUCAGUUUCCAUCUCGUCGCUCAAUGCUGCCCCCAACCAUGGAUGGAGAGGUGGACAUCGAUGAUAUUGUGGAUCACAGAGAGCUGCCGAUAUCAAGACCAGCAAGCAGGGGACGUCCUCCGAAACCGAAGCUGCAGUACCGCGUUCGGUUUCGGCAUCACACUGAUCCGAAGGAGGACCGCUGGUUCACUAGGGAAGAGCUCAUGCAGACCGCUCCUCAAGUUGUAACCCAAUACGAGAGAUCUCUGCAGAAGGGAAAGCGCCCUAUGAUCAAAGACUGAGCUUCUCAGAGGACUGUUGGAGAUAAGGAGGAGGGAAUGCGAGGCCAUUGCCUCUAUGAGC